UUCCGCGCGUGUUAACACGGAAUCCAUCAACUUCAAUCCCCAGCGGUUGGUUCCUUGCGCCAUUGCAUCCGACUGCCUACUUUGUACCUACCUUUUGCGAAACCGACCAGGACUCUCCAAGCGCGCACAAGAUGAUUAUUCCCAUCCGUUGCUUCUCGUGUGGCAAGGUCACGGGCGACCUCUGGGAGAAGUUCGUAAAGCUGAUCGAGGAGGAAGGGCUCAGCGACGGCGACGCCCUGGAUCAGCUUGGGUGCAAGCGGUACUGCUGCCGGCGCAUGGUCAUGACGCAUGUGGACCUCAUUGAGAAGCUUCUCAAGUACACGCCCGACGGCCGAAACUACAAGAAGAUCGAAAUGCAGCAGCGCAACCAGGAGUAAUGUGCAGCCAUCAGCGUCGGCUUUUUCGAUCAAAAUAUGGACAGGCGUCAAAAGAGGUGGCCGUGCACUUUUUCUGGGAGCUUGAUGCUCGGAUUAUGUCUGCUUGGUAUACUUAAGGCGGCGUCUCGGUCAUUGUGAGAUUUUGGUGCCGGGUGAAUUGCCCUCCUCUU